AGGGAGACGAUGAUUGUUUUCGUCUACGACACUGAGUGUCUGAAAGACGAAGCAGAUGAUCCGGUCCAGGCGGUACUUUAUUUCCAUCCAAGCUGGGUGUCGGACACACAGAAAGUGGCGCUUUGUGGCCAGCUGAUGGGUACAUCCUUUUUCCUUAAGGACUGUUUCUUCAAACCGAAAAUAAUGGCACUGCAAAAUGGCAAAUUUGUGUUGAAGGAGUUUGGGAGAUUUACCCUUGCAGUUGGCACCGAUCGUAAUAUCUCGGAUUAUUUGCUUGAAAAACGCGCCGACUUGCUCGCCUCACUUGUCAAGUUCUUUCAUCGUGAUUUGCAAAGCGUUUUCGAUCUAUUCCCACAGCAAGCACAGUACAAGAAUCUCUCCGAAAAGCUAUAUCAUAUUUUUGAAACAUAUCUGCCGAUUUUACAACGUAACGGACAUAUUUUUCAGAAUGUCCCAAAGCUGCGUAUGCCAAAGACGGCUAGCAAUAUAUUUUUGGAUGCCAUACAAACACUGCAAUGCUGUCAACAGACAAAGGGUAUAUUGGGCGGAGCCGUACUCUACCAUAACAAAGUCGUUGCCUCCCAACUUGGUGACGUCAUAACCAAGCAGCUUGUACUUACCGAUCCGCUACACAUACGCACCACCGCCGAGCAGAUACACAUCACCGAUUUUCACAUACCAAACGGCGUUCAGAUGCUAGUCGUUUAUGUGGAUGUCCUGCAAUAUAAUCGCUUAGCUGCCGACGCACAACGCGCCCAAACUGUGCAAACCAUCCAGCUUGGUUUGCUACCCUUUCAGUACCCGAAGCGUAAAAUGAAACGCGACAAGUCGUUGAUUUUUACAAAUAUACCAGAGGAAGGCAGUGCUACUGGCGGCACGGUGGGUUGCGAGCAAGUAGAAGAAGGUGUGUCCGCAUCCACGGCUGUGGCGCAAACACCGGGAGCAGUGCGGCCGAAAUCGUUGCUGAUACGCCCGACACACUUGCCUUUGCGGCAUCGAAACGGAAUGGGCAGUUCGAAGGAGCUGCCUGAGUCAGGAAUUGCUUCGAUAAAUUUCGAUGAAACAGACUCGUAUCCGGAGUUCAUAGGACGCACCAGUGUGUGCUCUACACCGAUGACGGAGAAUAAAGUGCUGCAAGUGGGGAAUAUUAUGUCCAUAUGCGCAAAUACGGAGGAUGAAAGCAACUCGAAUAAGCAACAAAAAACACAUAACACUAAUCGCCGUAAUUCGCUCAAAUUCGAUUUUGAGAAAUUCUUUCAAAAUUUUAUUGCAAAUCCGAAUAAACAAAUGGAGCGUCGCAACUCCUUCACCGAUUUACAAGAUUCACUUAAGAAGAUAUCCAAGAAAUUAUCGCUGAAACAAUUUUCGAAUAGCUUUAAGACUGACGUCAAUCGCAAUGGAAGCAGCAGCGGCAUUGAGGCCAUCGAAUCACCUGAUUUUAUCGAAAAUGACGACGAUGUUGAUGCAGAGCAAAAUUCUGACAACUCUGAUGAGAAUAACCGCACUUCACGCACCAUAACAGAUCCCACCUAUCCUGUUUUUAACGAGAAUGGUCAACCAAUAUCUCGUAGUCUUUUCCAAGAAUUUAUCGAAAAGUACUACCGCCUGUGGGCGGAAAACGGCAGCGGCAAUGGCAGUGCAAAGAAGGAUGUCGAAAUCGCACAACUUAUUGAGGAAUUCAAAGAAUUUGAUAACGAACUAAAACAAUUAGACGAGUCGCUACGCCUUGACGGCGGCGGCAACAACACAACCAUCACCACCACAUCUACAAACCUAAAAACAGAUAGUAAUUUGAAUACAGAAGCACCUGCAGUAAUGACAAUGCAAAAAGCUAAAACUCCUCUGGACAAGAAAUCACUUAGUCUUCCCCUGAAACCACUCACCGAUGCGUCAUCUAAUGACCAAUUUGUUGCCGCGAGUCGCAAGCAACCGGGUGGUGUGCCACUCACACCGCUAAUGGCUAAACUCUCUGUGUUGGCUUUGAAUGAGGAACAUACGAGCAGCACUUGGGAUACCACUGCGGUAGAGAUACAAACGCCACUAAACACGAGUAAAGUUUUUUCGCGUCGCAGCUCUUUGAAGUGCGACGACGCUGUGGAUGCUUUGGCGACAUUGCCUGCUAACGCGCAGAGCUCAUCAAAUGGUACGAAACGGCUAGAGUUAUAUAUGUGUGGGCAGCAAAAUAUGACGCUGCUGCUUUUAAUGGAGGAAGGUACAGCGCGCCAGCAGCCCGUUGUGCAGAAAAUGUUCGAUGUUUGCGUUGCAAAGUUCCCGCAUAUGGAAUCACAUUUAAAUCAAACACUCAAUGUUAAUGUUGAGGGCGAUAAGCGUGAAGGUGGCUACAGUUUCAUGUGCAUAGAUGCGAAAUGGGAUACUUUAGAGCGCAAUGGACCGUGGAAUCCGUUAGAACUGAAUACGCUCGAAUGCAUGCAUCAAGAUUUGCAACCGAGCGAUGAAAUUAUGGAUUUGGUUUUGAGGUAAGAAAAUUAAGUUGAU